GAAUGAUUGCUUGUGGUUUGAGAAAACCUCUCGCCAAUUAUUUGACCUACCAACAUUCAUACGCAAACGACCAAUUCGAACGGAUCUGCUUGUGAUUGAUACCUUCUUCUUCUCCUCCAAGCCAGAGCCUGCGAUUCAUUAAGUUGCUCUAUUGUUCUUAGAAAUAGUGAUCCUCUUUACAAGGAAUCAAAUGGGACCAAAAGCUGGAACGUUGGUUAUUAUCUUGCUGCUGGGUUUGACCUUGCUUUCUGACGCUAGGUCUUUCCUUCACUCUUCCCUAGACUCAGAGGAAGUUUCAAAGAACGAAAAGGUUUGCACUCUGUGUGAGGAGUAUGUUAACGUUGCUAUAACCUACCUUGAGAAAAACGAAACACAAGCACAGGUUAUCGAGGACCUUCAUGAGCGGUGCUCCCAUAUGCGCGGUUUUGCACAGCAGUGCGUAACUUUGGUUGACUACUACGUCCCUCUUUUCUUCAUACAACUCGAGUCGUUUCAACCUGAAGAUUUCUGCAAGAGGAUGAAUCUUUGUGACAAAGUGGCAGCUCUUGUGGAAGAAGCCCGUCAGGAUAGCUGCGCUGUAUGCCACAAGACUGUUUCAGAUAUUCUCAUCAAACUCCAAGAUCCUGACACUCAGUUGGAUAUAGUUGAGCUACUUCUCAAGGGAUGCAAAUCGUUCAAGAACUACGAGAAGAAGUGCAAGAAGUUGGUGUUCGAGUAUGGACCUCUGAUCCUGGUUAAUGCAAACGAUUUCCUUGUUAAAAAUGACGUCUGCACACUCUUACGCGCAUGUCCAGCAGCAGAGGAAAUGGUUCAAAGGCAGCCCGGUUCGGCUGAUUCUUGAAUGUUAAUAAAAAAGAUGGUUGCCGGAACACAACUGCUUGUGUAUUAUUCGUACGAAUCUUUGCAGACUUUCUGAACUGUCUAAAUGUAUGGAUUUAGACACACGCGCACACACUCAUUCCAUAAACGUUUCUUUGCAUUUGUGUAAAUAAUGAUCUACAAUGGUCUUACCUGUAUUAUGUGAUUGUAUUGUACUUUUAUCCCUUCUCAGGUUCUUAACAUGUUAAGAAUAAUGUGGAGGAGGGCACUGCAAUUGUUCGUUUGUCUGAAUGAUUUGUGUAUAAAACAUAAACUCUA